UACCCACCACGCUACGCAUUACACACAGUCCACCAGCCAAAUUAGCUUGAGUAGGAAUUCUUCUCUCCAACCCAUCACCACCUUAAACCCCCGGAGUCGGCGGCCGGAAUAUGACGUAAUCGUCGGCGGAGGUGGCGUCAUCCGAUCGAAGUACGAUAUGCUCGCACCAAAGCCGCCUUGUCAUAGAAAGAAAGAAUUAGUUUGUUAGAAAAGAAAGUUAGUUUUGGGAAGAGGGAUGAAUGCAGUUGCGCCGCCGGAGUCCCACGGUGCGGCGGAGGUGCUCCGGACUUACCAAGCUUGGCCGGGGAAAAACAAAUUUUGUCUUGGGGGGAGGUUAAUUUUUGGGCCUGAUGUUGGAUCGCUAUUUUUUACACUAUUUCUGAUGCUUGCUCCUGCUGUUGUUUUCUGCGUCUUCAUCGCCAGAAAGCUGAUGGAUGAGUUUUCUGGAAAUUGGGGGAUCUCAAUCUUGGUUGUAUUUAUUGUUUUCACAGUAUAUGUGUUAGUCCUCCUUCUACUGACUUCUGGAAGAGAUCCUGGUAUAAUUCCUCGCAACACUCGCCCUCCGGCACCAGAAAAUUUGGGAGCUAAUGUGGAACCUGGCCCUGGCCAAACGGCAAGUUUGCCUCGGACAAAAGAUGUUGUCGUUAAUGGAGUAACCAUGAAAGUCAAAUACUGUGAGACUUGUAUGCUUUAUAGGCCUCCACGUAGUUCACAUUGCUCAAUUUGCAAUAACUGUGUGGAACGGUUUGACCAUCACUGUCCUUGGCUUGGACAGUGUAUCGGACUGAGAAACUAUCGCUUCUUUUUCAUGUUUGUCUUCUCCGCAACACUUCUUUGCUUAUAUGGUCACGGGUUUUGCUGGGUCUAUAUUAGAAAGAUUAUGGACAGUGAAAAGACCUCCAUAUGGAAAGCAAUGAGGAAGACACCUGCCUCCAUCGCACUUAUUGUUUAUUCUUUUCUAGCACUCUGGUUUGUUGGCGGGCUCUCAGUCUUCCAUCCCUACCUCAUAUGUGUAAACCAGUCGACAUAUGAGAAAUUUAGAUAUCACUACAGCAGGCAUACCAACCCCUUUAAUAAAGGUAUUGUCAAAAACUUCAUGGAGGUAUUCUGCAGUAGCAUUCCAAAAUCCAAGAUCAACUUCCGAGCUAAGCUGCAGAAAAAGUCUGUGAUGCCACCUUAAACUGUCGAUGCUAGUUUCGUCUGCACAAAACCGGCAAAUGGA